AUGUUCGGUUUCUUCGGGCGGCCGCGGAAUGAGGACAAGACACCGCCCAAAAAGAACGCGAACAAUCGACCUGCAGCUGCUACCAAGAAACCGCGAACCGCGGGUGCUGACGUGGCGCCGGGGGCAGAAGGCGCUUCGGAUGGAACCGAUGUCGGUAGCGUCUUAGGCGAAUUAGGUAUUGCGGUCGAUGAUGGGGUCACCGCGGAGACUAUGCGCGCGCAGGCCAAGGAGCAGCGCGCCAAAGCUUCCGCCAUGCGCGAGGCGGGGCUUUACGCGGGCGCGCAGAAGGCGCUGAAAGCGGCGCGCGAGCUGGAGAAACGCGCCAAGGACAAGGAUGACUCCGCCGCCACCGCCGCCGCAACAGCCGCCGCGCUUGCGGGCGCGUCCAGGGAGGCGGAAGAGAUAGCGCGGGAAGCCAUGGCGCGCGGAAACGCGCUUGGCGGAGCCGGUGGCGCGCGCGGGACGGGAGGGAAACGCGUAGCGGCAGCGAGAUCUCGUGAAGCGGCGCCGGAGGUCCGAUCCGCGGAUACGGGGAAAGCUGGCGGGGCGGGUAGAUCUGGAGCGGCUGGCGCAAGAGCAGGGGCGGAGCGGAAGGGCGCUGCGGCGGAGGGCGUGAAGGUGGAGCGGAAGGGGUUAGCGCGGCUGAACGCGGGGGCGGACGACGAUGGGGAGAUGAUGGCGCAACUCCGCGAGCUGGGAUGGGCGGAACCGGCGGGGGGAGCUGGCGGCGGGGGGCUUUUGGCCGGACUUGAUGACGUGGACGCGGCGGCGGAGCAGGACGAGGUGAGCGCGGCGCGCGAAGCAGCUGAAGCGCAGGUGCUGGACUUAAAGCGCAAGGCGCGGCAACUUAAGGGGCAGGGGCAGGUUCAAGAGGCUCUGGCGGAGUUAAGAAAAGCUAAGAAGCUUGAGAAAGAAAUAGAAGACGGGUCGUUCUUAUUAAAUUUAGCGGACGGUGCGGAGGGAGGGCAUGAGGAUGAGGAGAAGCGGCUUCUAGCCAGUCUCGGGCUGUCAAGUGUCGAUGACGUGGCAUUAGUGGAGGAGACGGAGUUAAGAAUGGGGGGGAUGGGGAGAGGUGGGGGAGGUAUGGGCGGAAGAGGCGGAGGAGCGGAUCUAGACCUGGCGCAAAUUAUGUCUUUAAUCGCUAAUAUAGGAGACGAGGAGGAAGAGGACGGGGAGGGAACGGGGAUAGAUGGUGGGGGAGGGGGGGGGAGGAGGGGAGGGCGGGGAGGGGGUGAUUAUAUGGGAGGUGCUUAUGACGAUGGAGAUUGUAUGGAUGAAUUGAAGGCUCUCGGAUGGGAGUCAGAUGAGGAAGGGGAGGAGGGAGAGGGAGGAGGAGAAGGAGAGAAGGGAGGGGAAGAGGAGGAGGAAGUUGAGGCGGUGGAUAUAGCCGCGAUGCAAGCAGAGGCGUUGGAUUGGAAGAGGAAAGCGGUGGGCUUUAAGAGAGAGGGGCGGAUGGGAGAGGCGAUGGAGGCUUUAAGACGCGCCAAGGCGCUCGAAGCUAAGAUAGAGGCGGCUAUUAUGCUGGGUGCAGGCGGGGAUUCCAUGGGACGUGAUUCUUCCAUGGGGCAUGGGGUUGCUGCGGCUGCUGCUGCUGCUGCUGCUGCAGUAACGAUAAGAACAACAGAAGUGGCAGGGGUAGCAGGUGCUGUGACUUCAGUGGCAGCAGUGCAACCAGCACCAGUGGCAUUGCCAGUAGCAUCAAAGGCACCAGCAGCAACGCCAACAGCAGCAGCAGCACCACCACCACCACCAGCAGCAGCAGCAGCAGCAGCACCAGCAGCAUUGGCAGAUAUGGAUGAGCGGAUUCGAGCAAUCCUUAUGAGUGGUGAUGAUGAUGAUGAUGGGGAUGCAGAUGGUGAUGGUGGUGGUGAUGGAAAUGAGGAUGAGGAGGAGGAUGAUCCUGACAUGCUUGCUGCUCUCGCUGCUGCUGGGUGGGUGAGAGAAGAGUCGAGCAAAGCAGAGGAGAAAGAAGGGAAAGAGGCGGCAAAGGAGGAAGCAAGGAAAGAAGCGGCAAAGGAGGAAGCAGCUGAGGCAUUACGUGGAGAAGGAGAGAGGACGGAUGGAAAAGGGAAAGAUUUGGAAAGGGAGAAGGAGGAAGAGAAUGUCAAGACAAGCCCUGCCGCUCAGGAGCCAGAAACUGCCGAGGAACUCGAGGCGGCGGCGCGGGAGUGUAAGCUGGCUGCUGUGGGGCUGAAGCGGGAAGGCAGGCUCGGUGAAGCCUUGGAUCAGCUGAAACGAGCCAAAGAGCUGCAGGCUCGGGCUGAUCUGGCUCGGGCGGGACAGGCUGGAGCAGAACAGGCUCGGGUGGAUCAGGCUCGGAAUGGAAAGUCUGAGGAAGCAAAGGCGGCAGUAGCAGGAGCACCGGCAGCGGCGGGAGCACCGGCAGCAGCAGCAGCAGCAGCAGCACCGGCAGCAGCAGCAGCAGCAGCAGCAGCAGUGCCAGCAGCAUUGGCAGAUAUGGAUGAGCGGAUCCGAGCAAUCCUUAUGAGCGGUGAUGAUG